UUCAGCUUAAUGAUCUAUUUAUUUAAAUAGUCGUGCACUAUAUAUAAACACAAAUGUGUUUCAUGUAUCAAUGUCUUGCAGAAAACCAGUUGAGACAAAUCUUCGAGUAAGCUGCGAAAAAGACUCAAAAAAUAAAAGAUUUACAAGAUAACAAAAAAUUGCGACGGUAAGUUAUGUCUGCAUCUGUUAUUAUGUCAAUGUUAUUUGAGUUAUUUGGGUGUUGAAUCUACUAUAAAUAACUGGCGAUCCGCUUCGUAAUAUCAGUUACUCAAGCAGUUUUGAAAACUUAAUACACUUUAUCCAACAAUGAAGUUCCUCAUCGUCUUUGUUGCCAUCUGUGCUGUCGCCUUGGCAAUUCCCACCAAUAAUGUGGAAACCCUGAAAUACGAUUCCGAUGUUCAACCCGAUGGCUACAAAUUCUCUGUGGAAACCUCUGAUGGUACAAAACGUGACGAAGUUGGUGUCCUGAACAACCCGAACACCGAUCACGAGUCUCUGGCUGUGUCCGGAAAUGUGAAGUACAUCGGCGACGAUGGAGUGACCUACGAUCUUUCCUAUACUGCCGAUGAGAACGGUUUCCAUCCUUCCGGUGCUCAUUUGCCUCAAGCUUCGUAAAAAUCAAUUUAAUGUUU